AUGAUUGUGGUUUUCCUCAUUAUCACUCAAACUCGAACUAUCACCAUCAUCGUCGCCCCCAGGCAUCUCAGGCAUCCCAGGUCUUCUGUGUCCUCCUCCUCCUCCUCCUCCUCUUCCUCUUCCUCCUCUUCCAGGCUCUUCUAUCAACCCGUUACCUCCUCCACCUUCUUCUCUACCACCACCACUACUACCACCACCACCUCCUCCGCCCCAACUAGGUUCGAACCUCACCGCACGUCGUGGCUGCUGCUCACUUGCACUUCUUCUUCCAUCAUUUUUUUCUCCGUUCAGCGCCACUUUCUCUCCGAUUAUCGGUACCUUCACUUCCACCCCUAUCCCUGGUUACCUCCCGAGCGGUAUUCCUUGUCGAACCUCACCACAGAUCCUGAAGAAGUCCCUGAAGAAGUCCCUGAUGACUCCAAACGAGAAGAUGAUCCUGAGCGAGGAGAAGAAGAAGGAGGAGAAGGAGGAGAAGGAGGAGAAGGAGGAGUCUUAAACCGACACCAAACCGCCUGGCACGAUACCCCUCCCUCGACUCGCUCAUACACCCCAGGCCAUGCUUGACAGGGGAGUCCGCAGCGGGUGAGGACGGUCUUGGUGUGUGAGCAGAGGGCGUAGCGGGUUCGUUGUUCGUGGCACAUUUUUUUCUUUGUCUUUUUCUUUUUCUUUUUUUUUUCUUGGUUUUUUUUUUCCCUUGUUCCAGUUUAGGUUCGUGUUGUUUUUUUUACUUGGGCUUUACUGUUUAGAGGCUCUGUUGUCCUCGGGUUUGUCUUGGUCGUUAGUUGUCGGUAGUUAGUCGUCAGUGGUCAGUGAGCGCUGAUAGGUCUAAGGGGUAAGGGCGAGGCUCGUAAAGACAAGACAGAUCGAUAGAUAUCUGAUGCGAAGGAAUCCCCCGGUUUGGUUAAAUAGAUGAAUCGAGGGAGCAAAAACCCAUCGGUGGGUUACCGAGU